AUGAGUAAAAUGGUUGAUUCUAGUGAUUAUAGGAAGAAAAGAUCAUGCGGAUUUGUUUCCUUGAUUUCUUAUGACUAUGUUUUCCCUGAUGAUUUUGAUAUAAGUAAUAGGACGCAUGUCCCAAUGCAACUCCAAUGGGGCACACCAAUAUUUGGAAAGUGCCAUUUGAACGAUGGUUCGAACACUUCUUGUACAUUCAAUGGUGAAUUUUGUUGGUCGAGGUUGAGCUCUAUUCAUCUAUGUGUGUGCUACAGAGAUAUUGGUGGUAUCAGUUAUUCGAGGUCAUGCAAAGGUUGCAGCACUAGUGUUGGGACACUAUUUUACUACUCGCAACAUGGAGUAUAUACAAAGCCCUCAAAAGAAAACAAAAAACCUUGCUGAAGCAGAAAUACUUCGAAAGGAAUGGAGGUUUGUUACUGCAACAACAUUUAUCUAGCAAUGAAGGUAAUGUUGAAAAAAUUAAGUUGUUUACUUCAAAAGAGAUGGAAAAGGUGACUGAUUAUUAUAAUGAAAACUGAAUCCUUGGUCAAGGAGGUCAAGGGAUUGUUUAUAAAGGAAUGAUAAUAGAUGGAAGCAUUGUGGCUAUUAAGAAAUCCAAAAUGGUGAAAGGAAAGAAAUUUGAUGAAAAGAAGGUUGAACAGUUCAUUAACGAAGUGAUAAUUUUAUCUCAAAUUAAUUACAGGAAUGUGGUUAAGCUUUUAGGGUGUUGUUUAGAAGCUGAAGUUCCUCUAUUGGUGUAUGAGUUCAUCCCAAAUGGUACAUUAUACGAUCUCAUUCAUAACCAAAAUGAAGAAUUACCAUUGACAUGGGAAAUGCGUUUACGAAUUGCGAUUGAAAUUGCCAAUGCCUUGUUCUAUUUGCAUUCAGCUGCUUCUGCUCCUAUCUAUCAUCGAGACAUCAAAUCUAGUAACAUACUUUUAGAUGAUAAAUAUAGGGCAAAAGUAUCAGAUUUUGGAACUUCAAGAUCAGUUGCACUUGAAAAAACACAUCUAACCACUCGGGUGCAAGGAACUUUUGGAUACAUGGAUCCCGAAUAUUUUCGAUCAAGUCAAUUUACAGAGAAGAGUGAUGUUUAUAGCUUUGGAGUUGUUCUUAUUGAGCUUUUAACAGGACAAAAACCCAUCUCCGCAGAACAAUCAAAGCCAGUGAGAAGCUUGGUAUCCUAUUUUUUGCAUUCAAUACAAGACAAUUCCUUAUUUAACAUUCUUGAUCCAAUGGUAGUAAAGGUUGGUUCAGAACAGGAGAUUAUAGUAGUGGCUCUGCUAGCAAAAAGAUGCUUGAAUCUUAGUGGAAAGAAAAGACCCACCAUGAAACAAGUAGCAAUGGAGCUAGAGUUGAUUAAAGCUUCAGGUGGGAAUGUUAUUGAAGACCAUGGUGAUGAAAAAUCUGAAAUAGAUGACAUCCAUUCAUGGGAGACCAAUCCUAGUUGUUCAUUGUCUAGGACAGUUACAACCAACAGUGUAACUUUUCCAUUAAAUUCAUCUUUCUAGUGUCCAAUG